GGUCACACUGACAACAGAGAUAUAGAUAGUGGAAGGCCAUCGCUAGAAUCGUGACCCGAUAACUAAUUAUCGAAAACGGGAUUAUCGUAACCACUCGCUCUGGGCACUCUAAACAGCGGCUAUAUAAUCAGAGGCAAGGCCUCAGAUCAGGGACUUGCGUUCCGACGAUCAUCGAGGAAACAUCUACAAGGAGGAAGAUCCGGAAACCCAAGUAGAUCGUUCCCAACGACUACGAACCCGACGUACACGACGUACGCACGACGAAGCAGUUCACACUCGGCCAUCCGCAGCGCCAACGCGAUCACUCGGCCAUCCGCAGCGCCAACGCGACCUCUCGGCCCAUCUGCCUCGUCAACACGGUCACUCGGCCCAUCCCGCAGCGCCGACGCGACCUCAUGGUACACACCACGAAGCAGUUCAUCACACACGCUUCCGCAGCAUCGGAUCAACGACGGCAAGCAGUUCUUCACUCAGCUUCCGUAGCAUCGGAUCCCGACGGCAAGCAGUUCAUCAGACACGCUUCCGCAGCAUCGGAUCAACGACGGCAAGCAGUUCAUCGCACACGCUCCCGCAGCAUCGGAUCAACGACGGCAAGCAGUUCAUCAGACACGCUUCCGCCGCAUCGGAUCAAGGACGGCAAGCAGUUCAUCGCACACGCUUCCGCAGCAUCGGAUCAACGACGACAAGCAGAUCAUCACACACGCUUCCGCAGCAUCGGAUCAACGACGACAAGCAGUUCAUCACACACGCUUGUGAGGAUCCGUAAAAAGACCCUCACAAAAGACAUUUGUAGCCAUGUAAGACACCCUAUUUUGUAGCCAUGUAAGAUACUCUAGUUGUAGCCAUGUAAGAUAGUGUAAAUAUUAACCAUAUAAAAUUCCAGCCGCGAAGGCCAAAUUAUUUGUGAUUAGUUUUAAACCCACCCUCGCUAAACCAUCGAAC